AGAUAAACAACUCUUCAUUGCCUUCUCACAAUAAACAACUCUCAGUAUUAAAUUGUUCGAAACAAACGAUUAAUUGGUGGCAUUUCUCCGUCGAAGGACCAAUUAAAAAGAGAUGCAAAGCUCUUUUCAAGUAAAUGGUGAGAUUUCUUUACCUGGUUGCUGGUCGAAGCCGGACGAAGAGUUGAAAAAGGUAGUGGUGCCAAGUGUCUGUGCUUUAUUAAACACUAAUGGAGGAAAGCUUGUGCUACCUUUCGAGAACAACGAUGUGAGUGAUAAAGAAAUUGAUAGUAAGGUAAAGAAGAUUGAGCAAUGGAUUUCAGCACCAUUUGGAAAAGGGUUCAUGUCCCGCAAAAUCCGAUUUGAAGUUAAUCUUCGUGAAAUUUGUAUCCACAUUGCAAAUUGCCAUGACUUGGUUACUGUCAAUUACCAAAUGUUCAUUCCCUCGCAUUCGCAAAUCCUCAAAAUAUCAGAUCCGUUGGCAUCUGUUCAAGAUGCUGUAUUGACUGAACCUUCCGAUGUUGACACAGAACAUAAUUUGCCUGUUGUCCGAGAAUCGUUCGUAUAUGGACAGAAAAUCAAUAAGUUUGAAUCAUAUAAUGUUCAGUUCAAGCAAUUGAAGUUUGAGUCAACCAAAGGCACGACCCUGGCAGAUCGACUCGUUGGGACUGGUAACAAGCUCCUUCAAAGUAUUUCAGCUUUUGCUAACUGCCGUGGUGGAGUAAUUUACGUCGGAGUUGAUGAUGAGUUUCGCAGAAUUAAUGGGGAACAAGUUACGAUAAAAGAAAAGGAAAAAGUAGUUGAAAAAGUCACAGAAAAAUCAACAAAAUGGUUUGGUUUUCUCUUCAUAAAAAGCCUUCUCGUGGCGUCCAUUGGGACAUUCAUUUUUGUGCCGUUUUUGACGAACGUGGUCAAGUGAUGGAGUCGACGUAUAUGAUCGUUAUUACUGUAGCUCGUUGUCCCGGUGGUGUUUCUGUCUCAGAGCCAGAAAGCUACCAUCUUGUAAAUGGUGUUGUGACAAGAAUGGAUUUGAAAACGUGGACAGCAAGAUUUCGUCGAAGGGCAUCAUGUUGUCAGAGGCCAAACGAAGAUGAACUGAAUCAAUUAAGCAAUCUUCAGAUUCGUCACAUUGAACGAUCUAGUUGGAGCUCCCAUGGUAACCGUAAUUUAUUUCAUCGUGUGAAUGGAGUGUUGAUACGAUUGAUAAAUGCGGGCUUUUGGGAUGAAUUUUGGGCAAAAAAGGAACUGCUAGAGAAAGAAAAUUCCAGCUUCAAUAUGAUCAAAUUGGUCGUUAUGCUGAACGAAAUAACUGCUCUUUAUAAACUCGGGCAUUUUUACUGCGUGGAGCCUCGGAUUAAAGACUAUGAAUCGCUGUUGAGUAAAUCCACAGUCGAUGCAAAUAUAAAUGAAGCUCGUUUACACCUGUUAAAGUCUUGUGUUCAGAAAUAUCGUGGUAACAUUAAGAAGAGUUACGAAGAAGCUGACAAAGGUUUAGCAAUUGUUGAUCAACUACCGACUGGCAUUGUUGUUGGUGAAUAUUAUUGCCAUCUUGCUGCCGUCAUCACCAUUCUUUUACAGAACGAAACCGACCGAGAUCAGUGCCAAAAUUUGACGUCAAAGGCUGUUCUCUUUUCUCAAAAAGCAAUCAUGCAUCUUAAGGAUGCAAAAUAUUGCGAUUUAUCGAAGUUCGAUCAACUACAGAAGGCACACAUUAAUCUUGCUUUUCUGUAUCUGCAAUCUUCUUUCAUGAACUGCGCGAAGCCUGAAAUUUUACUAGACAACAAGGAACUGGAGAAAGCUAAGAUAAGUUUAAAUGCUGUUAACGAGUUCAUCAACGAGGGUUAUCCGCUCACAGAUUAUCGCAAAUGUCAGUAUUAUUUAGCGCGAUCGAUGCUUUUUUACCGACUUUCUCAAAAUGUCAGUAUUAUAAAUGAUAGAAAUCGGCAACGCGAACAGGCCAAAAAGUUUUCCAAAAAAGCUGAAUCUAGAGCAACUAAUUGCGAAUUUAAAAGCAUAAUGGAAUGCUCGCAAAAAUAUUUAGCAAUGCUUGACAUGUACUCUUGAAGUUUUUAAGUAGAAAUUAGGAUUUAAAUAUACAUAUGUAGAAAGUGGUAGACAUGUUUAUUUAUAGAAAAUAUAUUUUUAAUUCCAUGUUUAA